UCAACACGUGUCGGCGCCCCAUUUCCUGAACGCUACUCUUGUAUGAAAACAAAUGUGAUGCACUGCUUCAGCCCUGCUAGCCGGAGGCCUGGCCACAUUAUCUCCAUUCAUUGUUUAUCAGCGACACCUGCUUCCACUAUCUAUUUCUUUUCGCUUGUGCUGCCGAAGGCGUCACGUGACCUUGAGCGCGGUAAACAAGCGUCUGAACGGCGGCGCCAAAGCAAACAGUCCUCACAGAGUGUUCCGAUUGUGAUGGAACACUCAGAAGCUGUGGGUGUGCACGGCCAAAAUGUUGAGCCCAGUCGAGCAGAGCUGAAGCAGUUUUUCUCAAACAGACCAUUUCCCUCUUGAACAUUUACCUUCAUAACCUUCAAAACUCUGCCCAGUCUGCUGAUGGUUUACACUGUGCUGUCAGCGAUGUGGAAAUGCAGGAGCACUACGAUGAGUUCUUUGAGGAGGUGUUCACAGAGAUGGAGGAGAAGUAUGGAGAGGUGGAGGAGAUGAACGUGUGUGAUAACUUGGGCGACCACCUUGUCGGGAAUGUCUACGUUAAGUUUCGUCGUGAGGAGGAUGCAGAGAAAGCAGUCAUGGACUUGAACAACCGCUGGUUCAACGGCCAGCCGAUCCACGCAGAGCUCUCCCCCGUCACUGACUUUAGGGAAGCCUGCUGCCGCCAGUAUGAAAUGGGGGAGUGCACCCGAGGGGGCUUCUGUAACUUCAUGCACCUCAAACCCAUUUCGCGGGAACUUCGAAGGGAGCUGUACGGCCGCCGCAGGAAAAGGCACCGCUCCCGUUCGCGCUCCAGGGAACGACGCUCCCGAUCCAGGGAUCGACGACGGGACCGCGAGAGGCGGAGGUCGAGGGACCGAGAGCGCUCUGGACGAUUCUGAAGGAGGACUGACCACCAAAACCCCCUCCCUGUUAACCCCAGCAAUGAUGAUGACGUUAUUUUCUUUUUUCUUUUUUUUGGUGAAUUGUUGGAAGUGUUUUUCUUUUAUUCCCUUUUUUUAAGAUGAGCUUGUGUCGCUUUCUCAAUAAAACAGAUUUGUAACUCUG